GGGACAUUUCAUCAGCGACAACCACCACAGCAACAACAGCAUCUUCACCCUAUUCUCUGCUGUCCUCAACCUGAAAAUACUUAAGGUACGCUCUCUCUCUUUAAUUAAUUAAUUGAUUUAAAAAAUAAUUACGGUUAAUUUCGAAAUUACAUGUUUCCCCACAUGUGUGUUCGUGAGACUCUUACCUGCUCGGAAAAGUAAGACUGAUGCAAUCCUUCCUCGAGUGUUAUCAGUUUUAUUGGCGCAAUAACGCUGAAGUACGACUCAAUGCUCAUCACUUGACUGAAUGUUUUUAUGGUUUUGAAAAAAAUAAAAAUGUUUCUACCUGAAUGUCAACAUAGUUUUAAAGUUAAGUCACAUUUACGGUUUGUUUUUACGGCGCAAUGUCUCAUUUGAGCGGGGAAUCGGUGAACAGACGUACUAACGGCAGUUUACUGUGUUCAGUAAAAACAAAGUAAAGUAGAUAAAAGACAACUGAUGUGGCGGGACGGUAAAAUGAGUGUUAAUGUGUUAUUUUAACCCGACUCUUUACUAUUUGUCGGUGACUUCAUUCAUUGUUUGGGUUCCGGCGGUUAGCACACCUCGCUAGUAGUAGAUAGGGCGUGCUACUCCGAGUGUUGUGUCGUUCGCGAACGAUGCGUUCAAAAGAACAGAAUAUUUUAAGUGAACGCACUGAACCGAAUCACUUCCUCGAGUGAUUUGUUCAUUUCUCACCUCAGUUGAGCUGAAGUGAGAAACAGUAUUGCCAGUCCAGCAGCCGGCAAACGAGGGAUCGCAUGCACUGGCGUCUGAAUCACAUGGUAAAUAAAUCAUGCAUUGAACUAUAUAUCUGGGAUCAUUUUUGCCAGACAAAACUACUUUUUUUAGUGUUAAACUUGCAUACAAUAGGACACAGCAUAUAACAAGUAGUGCAUAAAAUCCGCAACAUCCUAUCAUUGCAGCUGUUUGCGAGGAAACGGCUCAUGUUCAGUGAACGAAUCACUCACUGAGCCCAGUUUAUCGAGCAGACCUGAUAAAUAGCAUACCAUAGGACAGCACACUUAAACAUCAUGAUUUAUAAACAAGAUCUUUUUUACAAACCCGUUUGCCAAAGCAGCACAACCAAACACUCUCGUCUCCCGGUCAGCAAAGCUAUCAAUUGAGCCGAAUCCUGAACCGUUCAGCUGUGUAUCAGUUCAGUAAGUCGGAGUCGCAGGCUUUUCCAGCUAAUUGAUUCGGUGAUUUGGUGAACGAAUCCUUUUAGUGAACUGAUUCUAGUGAUUCAGUACAUCAAAAAGAACUGCCAUGCCCAUCUCUUGCUACUACGCUUUAACUGGAAUGCUGCAUUUAAAGACCCGUGAUUAUCGAAAAUCCAAUGCGCGUUUUCUUGUACUGUAAAUAUAUCCCCGUAUGUUCACUCAUGCAAUUUAGAAAAGGUGAAAGUACUUAAAUUUUAUCAUUGCGCAAUAUUCUUUUCCUCAAUUUAAUUUUCUAACGAUGAAGAUGAGAACUAAUAGGACGGAGCACCUUUACAUGUAAGGUAAUUAUGAGGUUUCCGUGAUUUUCUGAAAGCAACAUGGAAAGACACGAGAGCCACGUAGCUAGCUGGUGUUUCCAUCCGUGACAGAUGGUUUAUUUUCCUGAUGGACAGCUGAACCGUUUGCUUGGCUUUAACUGUAAGUAACUCUAUUUAUAAAUGUCCGCUGAUUUACUUAUUAUAGCAGCUCUGUAUCCGGAUCCAAAUGCCAGAUAAAAAAUGUGCGAUCCUUCCGGGUAAUCUUCUCCUCUGCCAUGCUGUCUGAUGUUCUUCAGGGUGCUGCCAUGCUUCUGUUGCAUCAGCCGGUUAAAUCCGCUACAGCUACAGAAAAAAACCCACAUACUGAUAGUUAGAUUGAGGCGAUGAAGACAAGAGUAGAGAGGUGGGUUAUGUAGACAACUGUCAUUAAAAAACACAUGAUCUCUAAACACGCCAUCCUUAAAAAACUGCGUCUGUUUAUGUCGUUAAUCUCUGUUAAAAUGAGCAAAAACGUGGUAUUACCACCUUAAAAAACACAAUUUUAGGUGGUAAAAUUCAUUGUUGUGUUUACUGUUACUAACCUGUAAUGAAUUAGCUGUAUAAAUAAUUUGAUACCAAUUCCUCACUAAUGUUAAAAUAAAUGUAAAUCAAUCAAAUAUGCAAUUUCAAUGUAAAACUGUGAGCAGAGGAGUUAUUAUUCUAACUUUGCUUGUUGUCAUUAUUUUACAUAAUACGUGAAAUAAUAAUCAUUAUAAUAUUAGAAGCAGAACAAGAACCGAUAGUCAGUGUAUAAGAAAAACUAUUAAUCCCUGAAGGAAAAUUCAAUUGUCUGUUGUCUCCAAAAGUUAUUUACUGUUUACACAAGAGUGAUAAAGUCUGAUGGCUGUUGGUACACAAGAUCUUCUGAAUCUUCAUCGAAACUUUAAGCAUGAUUCCCUGAACACUUAGUUUUUGUUGUCACAGGUUUAUUGUGCAGUAAUUCUCAUCUUUACUGUGCUUACUGCUUUACAUGCAAACUAUUUUACUAUUUCGUGUCGUAUAUAGUGUACACACUUGUAGAUUAUAAUGAUAUAAAUAAUGACUUAUUGUAGUUGUUUUAUCUCUUUCUUUUUUUUUACUGUGACAAAAAGCAAUUUUCCUCCAGGGGUUUAUUAAAGUAUUUCUGAUUCUUGCUCUUGAGAUGACUCAUUGCAUCUUAUUAGAAGCUCCCGUUUCAAAUGAAAUACCUAAAGCUAAUGAGGAAGACUGUGGUGGGUACAUCAACAGGAUGGGUGUGCACCAUGCGCUUACCGUCAUGGGUCUACAUCAGAGAGUAGCUGGCAGAUUUGGUAAAUGAUGGUGGUAAAUUUCUCUUGGGAUGCCUUGUUUCUAAUUAAUGCAGAGUUAAUUAAAUUUUUAGGAGGAAACAGGUUGGAAAAAAAAGGUUCCCCUGUCUUUGUUCUGUAAACUUUUGCGACCUCUUUAGGGUAGAUUUGUUGUCACAUCCAGACAUGUGAGGGCGUCCAGCUGACGGCUUAUCCUUCUAUCUGUCAUGUGUAGAUUUUGUACUUCUGUGCAUAUUAAUGCUGUUGGCGUUCGCCCUGGGAAAGCGACCAGAUUGUUGGUUUUUCACAUUCCAUCUCACAGUAGGAGCAGCUUUUGGCAGUGGAGCUGGUUUUCAGCCAGGUGACUGAAAGGGUUAUUAGGUUCAGUGUCAGUGGUCAGUCGGUCCGCACAUACUCUCCCAUGAGUUUUCAUGCAUGUAUACAGUUUUUUUAACGGAAUUACAGCAUACCUCAUAUAUGCAAACAUACACCUGCGGCUCAAAAGACCCCCCUGUUCUUAACUUCAAACACCCGAAGAAAAAAAAAACAUUGUGUGCGUUUGAAGGCUGAAGAAUUGUUCUGCGCCUCUGAGCAGUCGGCCAUGAUAUGGCGUACUCUUGCAGGGUUAUGCAAGGUCACAUUUACUCCUCGAUGAAUGCUUAGCCCUGCAGGGUACUGGACAAGUUGUUCCCUUUGUUCAGCUGUUAGUCCCCCAAUCAAACGUCUUUGUUGAUAUCGCUCAGUUAGUUCAGGAUAUGCAGAAGUGGGCUUUUGUUUCAACCUUACAUCCAUACUACACAUUUAUUAAAUGGUAGGUGCUCAUAAUUUACAUGUUAUACAUUUAAAAAUAGUACGUCUGAAUUGUGUGAUUAAAGCUUAGGGUGCUUGGAUUACAAAACACUUCCUACAUUUCUACACAGUAUAUAAUACCCGGUCUAUUAAUACGACCAUGUAAAGGUGCCAGUCAAAACAAAGCCAUGUGUUGUUUACACUGAUGGAACAAGGAGCUGUUAAAAAAAAAGGCCACAAUGAGGUUAGCAGGUUUGUUACUUCAACCAGUAAUCCUCUUAAGAGUCUGUGGCACCAGUUGCUGUACUGUUAAGUGAGAUUGCUAACAGAACUAUUAUCCCUGAAUCCUGCUAUAACCGGACCGACGCUGGCCCAUGUGAUGGUUCAGUCCGAACCGUUGAGAAAUGGAUCAAUGUGACAAGAAAAGAGAAGAAGCAGAAGUUAACAACGCAAUUUCUUUACAAGUGAAAAUGCUGCGUUUCCACGUAACUGGAGGUAAAUCGCAGCAGGAAGCGCACCAGAUUGGUGAGGCACAUCUCUGUGCAAACCUGGCAUAAACCUGCCCCACUUACGCAAACGGGCACCCUCGUGAAAACCACAAGGAAAAGAUUAGCAACAAGCCGAGGAGACGGAGGCAUGGAGUAGGGUAAAAGGGGGUCUUGAGGAGAUUAAAUGAGGCUAACGCUGAGUGAGGUCAUACAGAAAGCAGGUCUGCAUCUCCUUAACCUGAAAGGUGUCACAACCUGAAAUUUCCCCACUGUGAGAUGAGUAAAAGUUGAUCUCUCUUUAGGAAACUUCAUCUCUGUGUGUUUCUCAGCUUUUGAGAGUGUUCACAGUUCCGUUUCAGCCCUUUUGUCCCGCCGUGCGUAUGUAUGAGGCGUUCCAGUGAGGAUAUCACAAGCAGCUGGGCACAGUAGUUUAGUAAGAACUGUUUAUUCACACAACAUCGACACCCUCAGAUCUCAGUUCCUGGUGUGCAAAUGGAAAAUGCAACUGGAAUGUCACACCAAGCGGGGAGUGGGAGCGUAUCCCCGUGUACCCGUUUCCCAUCAGUCUUCAGAGGGCUGGGUGUUUAUUAUUGGGUGCUCUCUCUGUUUUUAUUUCAUUGUUUGACCAUGUUUGGCUUUUUUUCUCCCAUCACUCGACUGUACGAGGCCGGACGCUCUUCUUUGAAGCGCUUUCAUAAGUAGGUUAUGUUGUUUUAAUGAUAUUAAUAGAAUAUUGUCAUUGUACUGAAACAUUGUGGGAGCUUGUAUCCUGUGUGCUGCACAACAGAAGGGGCCAUAAUUAGAUUAUAACUUAAUCUACAGAGGAAAAACCUUCGCUCUUCCUCUCGGUUCUGCAUGACCUGAAACGCUGUGUGAAAUGAACUCGAGCACCUGCACCUCAUCGGGGCACGUCCAUGUUUUAUCAAAUUUAUGUUUUUUCUCACUGUAUUUCACACAUAAUGAAUGCAAAUUAGUACAAGGCGGAUAUUUACUCACAAUGUUGUCCAACUGCUCAGAGUUUUGCAUUUAGUUUGGCUAUGCAAGUUGUCUCUUUUUUUCUUCAUCAUUUCCAUUCUAGUAGUUUUUCAUCUGAUUCGCCAUUAUAUCUCUGACACUUUACCUCAUCAGAUAAUGACAGUUAAUCAUUAAAGCAGAGACUUGAAUUUGACAGGCUUAAAAAAAGAGGAAGGGGAGUUUUCACACUUGUUUCUGCUUACAUUUGCACAACGAAACGAUUCAAGGUAGAUCACCACGCUGGCACUGUUUUACACAAGCAGACUGGUUUGCGUUGCAGGGUUAGUGUUUCACUUCUUCUCUUUGCUGCCUGACCGCUGAAGUGACUGAUAGGCCUGAAACGUUCGUCUGCCGUCUCAGUGCAAGCGAUCAGGUGUCACUGCAUGUUGCCCUUGAGGCUGGAUUGCUCCAAAUCAGUGGAGAAAUAAAGACCCCGCAAAGACAACAGAGUUAUUUUAUGAUGCAACGUUACAAGAGUAAAACAAGAGGAAGAUAACGGCAAACACCAUCAAAGUGUCAGCUAUAAACACAGUGUAGUAUUAACAGAUAAGAUGUGCUUUUCCUUGACUCUCCGAGCACUGGACUGCCUGGACUCGCAUGUGACACCGGGUUUGUUAUCUGUCGAAACAGCGAGUUUCAAAAGACUGAGGAUGAGCACAAGAGCGUUCUGACAACUUUUCCAUUUAAAGUGCAUCCACCCGCCGAGAAAAAACAGAAAUUUUGUUCGUAUUUUUGCGAUAAACGUAGAAGUCACGUGCUGUAAUAUAAAAGCAAUAAUGUGAAAGGUUGAUGAGCUCAGCUAACAGGUAACAAAGGUCACACACACACACACACACACACACACACACACACACUCUCUCUGUGUGUAAAAUCUCAAGGUAAACCUAAAGUCCAAAUGUGCUCGAUCAUGACAUCUACUAUAGUUUAAUAUUUAGAGGUGUGAACACGUCUCUGGGCAGGUACGACUACAUAGCAGAGUACAUUUUUCUACAAUCCUUGGUUUAAUGAAGGUGGAGUAACAAACCGGUCGAACCUGUUUUAGACACACAGGAUUUUUCUCUCUCAUGCACACAGAGCAGGGAGAGGUUUGAAUGACGAAAUAUACGGAACUGUCCUUUUCCUAUAGUCCAGAGUUUAACUACUGGAGCAGUACAGUGAAUAUUUGAGUUAGGGACGGGUGAUAAAGUAUGUCGUCAUAAAAACAAUCCUCCAUGGUAAAUAUUUGCAUUCUCGUGAUAAAUACGAUAAAUCCAUGUUGAUGACGUAAACGCGAGCAACGGACUCACAGCCGUAACCCCAACCCUAACAAACAAACAUGGCCGAAGGUUACGAAAAGGAUGUUUUUCAGACCGCUGUGUAUUGCUAUCGUGCGGUCGUUAAUAAAGUUGGUAUAACUAGAGAAGCAAGCGGUCGGCAACAUUCAUCUCUCGAUGGGGUGUCUAACUCGGCUUUACGGUGUGUUUGACCAUAACUUAAUUUUACGACGGAAUAUCCCUUUAAGUAUCUUAUUUAACUUUUCCAGCUGAUGUUCUCAAGACAAAAUGAGUCAAAAAUAAAGAUAACAAUCAUAAUUUUUUUCGGGACUUCACCAGAAUGACAAAUCUUAUCGUGAUAAAUUUUUAGCUCAUAUCCCUAAUUUUAAAACUUUUGAGUCGAUUACAGAAAUUGAAUGACCUCCCAUGUUGCUUAACCUGCUCCAGGUUUCAUGUGGCCGCAUAUUUUCAUAGGGUGUGUGCGUACGUGUGUGUGUGUGUUUGACACACAGACCGUCACACCGUGUCACUGCACUUUCCAUGUUUCAGUCCAUUGGAAGUUGCGUCAAAGUUUUUAUCCGCCUCCAAAGUCAAACAGAAACAUUAUCGGCGGCUGAGCGUCCUUGGCCUGUUGUGAACUUUUCCCCGGUCAGCCCGUGUUUGAAUGAUCAUCACUCCCCCUUCUUCAAUCUGAUUCAUUGGGGAGUGAUCCAGUCAUUUUGUAUUUUAGUAUCUUGAUGGUUACUUGUUAUAGAUGCUAUGUGUGUAUGUUAUAUACACAUCACCCUUCUCCCAGUGCAGCUGGUUCAUCUUAUCAAGCUGCCGGUUCACGCUGUCCUCGUCUCCCUUGUUGAUAUUAGCUCGCAGAAUUUGACCGUAUCGUACCCCAACAGCCUCUGGCUUUCCCAGGCUUCUCCCUGUCGACCUCUGUCUGCUGUGAAAACAUAACACAAGUAGCAGAGUGCCCUUCCCCGCGGCGAGGGAGCGCUCAGGACCCGGGCUAGGUGUCUUAUUGUUUUCAUAAAGGCAUGUACCACGCCGGGAAGGCAAAGUUAGGAUGAAACAGAAGCCUAGCAGGGUUUUCUUUUGACUUCUUCAAAUCUAUCUAUGCCCCACUGAGUCUCAUGAUGAGGAAAAAAAAGACGCAGGUAUGAAUUCCUGGAAGUUGUGUAACUACCAGUUUUCUCUUCAAACCCGACCGACUGAAUCUCUCCUCUACGCUGGAGAAAAUUUCACCAUCUCUUUGUUCGCUUGAAAUGCAUCCAAGUCCUAUUGAGACAUUGUGUGUGUUAUAUGAGUUCAUAUAAAUAAACCCGCUAACCUAUGCCUUAUUAUUAACGCCGUUCAGUUGAUGUGUUUGAGCAGGAGCGGGUCUGUGCUUGUUGUUUCCCCAGAAAAUUAUUCAACUUUAGAAAAAGAGAAAAAAAAUCUGUAAUCCUGUUGCCCAGAACUGAACGCAGCUGUGUCUGCGUGAGAUGUAAGCUUUGGCACUGAGUGAAUAGUUCCCUGUUUCGAGCUCUUAUUAUUUUCUUGUGUUUUUUUCACAGGUCUUAAUCUGCUGCUGCUGCUGCUGUAAAGUACCAUUACUAAAGACCAGCUUCUUCCUGUUCUCCGAGGCUCAAGUGACUGUUGCAUAAGUCAACACACCUACACUAAAGGACCUAUAACAACCGAGCGUUCCUCCCCGCUUGGCUGAAAGUACUUCCACUCUCGGUGCCGUCACACGAGUUGUGUUAAGGCCUCGUCAAUCACACACACACCCACACACACACACGCUAGAGGGAUUUAAAACACACAGCCUGGUUCAGCGCCCACACACAGUCGCAGCAAACAUGGCCAGCAAGCUGUCCAACUUUGGCAAAAGCCUUCUGCGUCGCCGGGCGCUCAUCGAUUCCGGAGAGGAGUCUCAAUUCGCCAGGUGCCUCUCCACUCUGGACCUCAUCGCCUUGGGGGUGGGGUCUACGCUCGGCGCAGGUGUCUACGUACUCGCCGGGGAGGUCGCCCGGGAGAAAGCGGGGCCCGCCAUCGUCCUCUGUUUCCUCAUCGCUGCUCUGUCCUCCAUGUUGGCCGGCCUGUGCUAUGCUGAGUUUGGUGCCCGUGUGCCCAAAACAGGUUCGGCGUACCUGUACAGCUACGUGACAGUGGGAGAGAUCUGGGCCUUCAUCACGGGGUGGAACCUCAUCCUCUCUUAUGUGAUAGGUGAGCUUUGUCAAGUUUGAUGAAUAAUGUGAAUUCAGGACAUAUAAAUCGCCACUUUGGUCAACUUACAAGCUUCUGUCUCGUCUUUCAGGAACGGCCAGUGUGGCUCGGGCCUGGAGCUCGACCUUCGACAACCUGGUGGAGCAAAAGAUCUCGGGCUUCUUUAAAGCCUCCAUGGCGAUGAAAGUGCCUGGAAAGGUUCUGGCGGAGUACCCUGACCUUUUCGCCCUCAUCCUUAUCCUGCUGCUCACCGGUGAGUUGGCCUGUUUAUUCAUUUUUCAGGACGGUUUUAUAGAUUUACACGACACUUCAGUUCUUCGUUUGCUUUUUUGUUUUAGAAUACCGUCAAAGAAACCUUUAAUAUUAUGAAUUUGAAUACGGUCUUCUUCCCUCCGUUUGUUUCAUGUCACAUGUAAUUGCAUAACAGCAGGAACAGUUGUCACACUAACGCUGCCAAUGCCAGCAGCAGUGUUAGAAAAACUGCUCGAUGAGUGUAAUGGACUGGUGGAUCCGAACAUGUCCGCCCACCUAACAGGACAUCGUCGUGUUGUUGUUGUUGUUGUUCGUGGCGAUGAAAAUUUGAGAUCUCCUCGUUACAUCCCGUCUCACCUUUCUCUUGCAGGACUUCUGGCCUUCGGCGUCAGUGAGUCAGCUCUGGUGAAUAAGAUCUUCACGGGGAUCAAUCUGGUGGUCCUGGGCUUCGUUAUCAUCUCAGGCUUCGUCAAAGGCAACACCAACAACUGGAACCUGACAUUGGACGACUUCAACAGUUACGUCAACGAGACCAACAGCAGCAAACCUCUGAGGUCGGCAUCUGACAGCUUUCUUUCUCAGGCAGCGAUUUCGCUUUGAGUUUGUUGACUGAAUUUGGCGUCUCUUUUUCUUUUUCUUUAUUUAUUUUAAACAUAUCUUUAUUGGUUUUUGUAGUCAUAAAACAACAUUCAACAAUCUAAACAUCUGGCAGUAAUGAAAAUAAUAAUUAAAAGAUAAGAUGUUCCUUUAAUCGUCCAACGGGGGGAAUUUCUAAAUUUUAUUUUUUAUUUUUAUUUAUUUUUUAUUUUUAUUUAUUUUUUGUUUCUUUUAUAAGAUAAGAAAGAGUCUGAAAUAUGAAUAAAAUAGAAGAGGUAAAAAAAUAAAAUGUCCAAAUAAAAUUAAAAAAAUGAAUUUUUUAAAAAUUAAAUUAAACCAAGAAAUUAGUCAACAAAUUAACGGGCAAUAAAUAAUAAAUACAGAAACAAAAAAUAUAUUAAUGAAAGAUAAGCCUUUCCUUUAAUAGUCCAACAGGGUGGAAAUUCCAUUUUUUAAUUUAUUUUUUAAAUUUUUUUAUAAGAUAAGAGAGUCUGAAAUAUGAAAAAUACAGAAGAGAUAAAUAAAUAGAAUGUCCAAAUAAAAAUAAAAAAAUUUUUUAAAUAUAAAUUGAACCAAGAAAUUAGUCAACAAAUUACCGAGCAAAAAGAAACAAUCAUCUAAAAUAAUAGCAAUAAUAAUCAAUUACUAUUAAUACUACUAAUAAUAAUAUUCUUAGUAUAGUUUACCCCGUACACUCUCAACAGCAAAUGAAAUAUUUUUCAUUUUCUCAUUAUUCUCACUCUGUCUCCUUUAUAUCUCCACCUUUCAACAGGUCCAGAAAUAUCUUCCUAAUGUUUCUCUCUUUUCUUUCUCUUCUCAGUGUGAAAGAAGAUUUCGGAGUCGGUGGUUUCGCUCCCUUUGGACUCAGCGGGGUCUUGUCCGGCGCUGCUACCUGCUUCUACGCCUUUGUCGGCUUCGACUGCAUCGCCACAACAAGUAAGAGACUGGACCGCACGCAGCUUUAUUUAUUAUUAUUUAAAAGUUUCCCAGCUGAAGGAUAGACCUUUAGACCGCUGAUAGUGUUGAUAGUCUUGUUGCAGCACCUUUCACCUGGAUUGAAAAGCAGCGUUACGUAAUGUUGAGUGUCAAGAGUGGGACACGAAUCUCCCCCAGUGUUAAACUUUGUUCUUUUCUUCUUCUUGUUAGCUAAUUUUUUUGUUUAAUUUUCUCCGCUGUCCUCAGGUGAAGAAGCGAAGAAUCCCAUGCGCUCCAUACCCAUCGGCAUUGUGGCCUCCCUGCUCAUUUGCUUCUUUGCAUACUUUGGCGUGUCUGCUGCUCUGACCCUGAUGAUGCCGUACUACCAGCUGAACACCCAGAGUCCUCUACCCGAGGCCUUCACCUACGUGGGCUGGGCUCCGGCCAGGUACAUCGUGGCGGUCGGCUCUCUGUGCGCUCUGUCAACCAGGUAAAGGCAGAUCCAGUUUUCCUGCUGAGGUUCAAAGUUUUUCUGAUCUUGAGUGAGACUAAAAGCUGUUUUUGUUUCAGUCUCCUCGGCUCGAUGUUCCCCAUGCCCCGUGUCAUCUACGCCAUGGCUGAGGACGGGCUGCUGUUCCGUAUCCUGUCCAGGAUGAACGCUCGCACUAAGACUCCUCUCUUGGCCACCAUCGCUUCAGGCAUCGUUGCAGGUAAACGCUGCGUCUCUGUUUGCCUUCUUUACAACUUUUGUUGUUUCUUCUUCUUUUUUUGUUUGUAUCCAUGUUUAUCUUCAUCUGUGUAUCUUCCUUGCCGUGUUUGUUCGUUGUUUGUUCGUUGCUUCGGGCCGACAGCUGCCUUUUUUUUUUCUUUUUUCCCUUUUUUUUUUUUUUUUUUUUCUUUGCUGUGUCUAGCUUUCGCUGUCAAGUCUGUCUAGAUUGUCUCAGGGUCGCAGCUCUCUGUCAGCCUGUCCUGACCUCCUACAGUCAGGUUCAGGAUCGAUAACAAUUUAAACCCAAGAAAAGUCGGCAAAAAGCGAAGAAACAGAGUGCUGGAUUUUUCUACUGCCUCUCUUUUCUGACAUGCAGAGAUGUGUUGAAACUAUUCUAAUAAAAAACGUUCUUUUUCCAGCUCUGAUGGCCUUCCUGUUCGACCUGGCGGCUCUCGUCGACCUCAUGUCCAUCGGGACUCUGUUGGCGUAUUCUUUAGUGGCCAUCUGUGUCCUUAUCCUCAGGUUAGCACCUUUUCUUUUCUUUUCUUCAAGUCUAUGAGUGUUUAAUUGUGUUUAAGAGUGUUUUUAUCAUUUUUUAUUAAGGUCAUUUCUUGAUGUGUUUCAAGUUUAUUUAUAAAGCACCUUGUCUGAGAGCAGUCAAAUAAAGUGCUGUACAUAAGAUAAAUAAAAGAAGUAAAUAAAUAGAUAAUAAAAUUAAAAAUGGUGGAAUAAAAUACAGACAGUAAAAGAAUAAAUGCGACAGUGCCUAUGAUUCGUGUGCUCGUUUAGUUUUUAUUCAUUUAUCGAGCAUAAAAUAAAAAAUAAACUCAUUAAAAAUUCAUUCUCAUUCACAAAUGAGAUAAUAAGCCUCCAAGCAAAGAAGAAAUGGAGGUACAAGAAAAACAUCAACAAACAACAACGUCUACACCAACAUAAGAUAAGUUGAAGUAACGGCUGUAGCCCAGUCAUCUACUCUUCAUUCUAGUUAUUUUCUAGGUAUGAAACGUUAACAUGCUCCUUGCACACAUAAAUUCACCAUUUAUUGAACACAAGGGAGAAAAGGUGGGUCUUUAAGGGUGAUUUAAAAGGUCUGUGAGGCUCUAAUAUGGCCGGGUGUGUCUUUUUUAUCCUGCGUUCGACUUACCUCAGAGGUCAAAAUAUAAUAUAUAUAACUUUCGUAGAUGUAGCCAUCUUGUUUCCGCCUCCGAUUUUGCUUUUUUCCGACUUGGUACGCUGGUAACUUGGCUGUGACAACAUUUUCAGCUCCAACAUCUGACUUCCGAGGUAACUGGAACGCAGCAUGAUAUUCCUAUAUUAUUAAAAAGGUUCUGCAGUUACAUCAUCAUUUCGCGGUUUGGGAUCAAUACAGUAAUUCUGAUUCUCCUGUCUGAAUGUCGUAGCCAUGAGGCCGGUUAAUCACCUCUGAAUAAAUCAUAAUCUGAGCGCUAAAGUUCUUAGAUAACUGAGCUCAAACAUUCUUGGACUUGAAGUGGAUCAGAGAGUUUCUUUUGGGACUAAACUACAUAUUCAGUAUUUUGCUCUUGUGUUUCUCUACGAGUCGUCCUGAUGUAAAUGUAAAUGUUCUUUAUUUAUACAGUCCUAGUACAGUCCUCAUAGCAAAUAAAAAUGAAAAAAUAAAAACAAUAAAAGCAAUCCAAAAAAAAAAGGAUAACAUAAAAGUGUCACCAGCAUAAAUAAAAACGUUUUCGAAAAGGCCCAGGUCAGAAAUAAGUCUCAUUUCGGUGGGGAGCUUAUUCCUGAGCAACUGAAAAGGUUCGGUUACCCCGGUGUUUGUAUUUUGAUCUUGGCACCUCCAGCAGAAGUUGGUUUGACGACCCGGAGCUCUGAGGGUGAGGCCUUUUAAAGGCUUUAAAAAAACAAACAUUGAAAGUUUAAAAUCAAUGAAGCGAGCUAAAAACAGGAGUGAUGUUCUCACACCUGUUAGUGUUGGUUAAAAGACGGGCAGCAGCAUUUUGCACAAGUUGAAGGCGACCAAGAGAUGAGUAGAAGAUGCCAACAUAAAGUGCAUUACAAGAGUCUAAUCUUGAAUUGAUUAGAGCCAGACUGAUAUCAGUGAUCACACCGGUUCAUGCGCUGAUUACAAAAAAAAGGACUCUCUUCUUCUCUGAAAACUGUCGUCUAAACAAAAGUAAGAUUAUGCAAGCAGCUGCUGAUACGGAGCAGCAAAGAAGAUCUGAGACAAAACAACAGCAGUGAAGUGCUAAUAAAGGAUUUUAUGUGGUUCAACACUUGAAAAUAAGAAACUCAAAUCAAACUUUGAAAUAAUAAUAAUAAUAAUAAGAAGAAGAAAUAGUCCAGCUCAUGAGGUCAAGUUAGGCAGCAACCCGAUCAGCUGCUAACAUUAGCCCAGCUUUCUUUUUUUAGUGAGGGAGUCGUACAUUACGCUUAGACAGAUCAUACAGUAAGUACAGCAAUAAAACGACACCUCAACACCAGCUCACGUUCCUGUCAUGAUCACGUGUACACUCCUCUAAAGCUCCCCGGUAUCUAAAGUGUCAGUGAGUGUAUUUUCUCUCCGUUUACUCAGUCUACACUCCUCCUCCUCCUCCCUCCACAGGUACCAGCCAGGCACCCUGAAUUCAUCCAGCCAGACGGAGAAGUUGGUGGAGUUGGUUGAAGGUGAGAAAGUUCCGGUCAGCGGAGGAGACAGCGGGGACGAGUACGACGACACGCCGCUCAAAGAGACGUUCACAGUCAGGCUGCUCUUCUGCCCGAGCGGAAAGGUCCCGACGCAGACUUCUGGGAGCAUCGUCUAUGCCACCACCGCUAUUAUCUGUGAGGAGACGAGAGUUUAAUCUGAAUUAUUAUGAUUUCUGCUUUUUGGGAAAAGAACCAUGACAGCAACUCUCUCUCUCUCUCUCUUUUUUUUUCUUUUUUUUCUCUGCAGCAAUUCUUAUCACCUUGCUGUGUGUUAUCUUGGCCAACUGUCUCCCAGAGCUGCUGGCAGGGCGGCCGGGCGUUGUGGUGCCCUGUGUCAUCCUGACUCUGCUGUGUGCCGUCUGUGUCAUCAUCAUCUGGAGGCAACCUGAGAGCAAAGAGGCCCUCACCUUCAAGGUAAAGAUCGAACCCUGGGAGCGAGUCUGUGCGUCUGUUUUGUGAUUCGCUUUGGCUCACGUUGUUCCUCGUUUACUGAUCUGUCUUUUUCUUCCACACAUUGUCGUUCUCUCUGUCCUCCUCAAGGUCCCUCUGCUCCCCUGGCUGCCGUUGUUCAGUGUUUUCGUCAACAUCUACCUCAUGAUGCAGCUGGACCUGGGAACGUGGUGCCGAUUUACCGUCUGGAUGGUCAUAGGUACGUUUCGACAUCGUCACCUGUUGUUUUUUUUCCUUUUGCAGGGCUCGACAGUGCGACCAUUUCACUAAAAAUAGAUGUGUGCAAACUGUAAAAUGUGCGCAUAAAAAAAUUAGCCGAGGCAACAAAUGUUUUUAGGUUUUAGUUUUAGGUCAGAUAUUUGACAGACACUCACUGCGAAUCUUCAGACAUGCAGCUGCCUCAGUAAGAGAAGCAGCUCGAUCACUAAUGUGAACUGUUGUUUAUUCUACCGUUACUGGCACGGCUAACAGUGUAGCAAGGCUAAUAGCAGAUGGCUAACUGUGACUUUAGCUGCGCCAUCUACAGGAUAAGUUGGAGAACUUUUCAAAUGGCGGAACAUUUUCGGAGUGAAACCAAACGUGCAAAAAUUGGCCGAUUUAACCGGCUCGCCAAUAAAUCGGUCAGGCUCUAGUACUAAAAUCGGACGAUAAGACAAAUUAUUAUUUGAUCAAUUUUCAUUGCGUCCCUGAAGUUCUUUGUGUGCUCCUUGUGAAGAAAGUCAGUGUUAAGCCCUGUUUUGUCCUUCUCUCGUCACAGCUGUGUUUUAACUCCCCGUUCUCUCUCUCCUUUAUCUUCCAGGAUUCGCCAUCUACUUCUUCUACGGUAUUAAGAACAGCAGUGAAGCCGCCAACAGGUCGUCCCCUCGUAAAUACGAGCCCGCGCUGCAGACCAAAAGCCCCAUCUUCACAGGCCCCUCCAGCGACAGUGACGUAGAGGCGGGAGGCAGUCCCUGAUACUGACUCCUGUCGCGGACUCGGGUAGCGUUGCAGAGCACUCUACACUGGCGGUGUAGCUGAACUUAAAGCCUGAAGCUGCAGUGUAGGCGGCCCUGAAACGCAGCCCUGGGUUUUUAGAGAAGAAGAGGCAAGAAAUCAUCACACACAUCUUACCUCUGACUCUGAGGCUGAUUAACUUGACGGUUGGACACUGUGAACCACUCGCUGGUCCGUGUGUCUUUCAAUCUGUCUGUCGGUUUGUUUGUUCCUAGCCUUAGCCCCCACCUCCACCUCCCCACCACCCUUGGAGAUCUGCCAAUAACACCUGCUUUGAAUGGACCGAAUUUCAAGAGUACCGCUGUACUCCACGUGUCGCUCUCAUCGUAUUUGACGCUGUUUACUGGAUGAUUGUUACUUUUUUUUUUUUAUCUGCUUUGUUUUUUUUCCUCUCCGUUAUUCGAGCGCUGUUGUUGCGAGGUAUAAAAGAGCUGUAACGCUAAGCAUAACUUGAGUUUACGACAGUGAACACUUGGAUCACUGAGCCGAGACCUAACUGUAUUACAAACAUGAGCUGCUUUCAAUCCGACCAUCAAGUCUAGGUUGUUGGUUCUCGUUUGCUGCAGCUUGUUUGUUUGUUCGUGUGUAAACAGGGUAGCACUAAUGCUGUACGUCAACAGAUUCAUUCGGAUGACGAUCAUGUCGAUGUCAUCUUCAUCGUACGGUUGAGUACAUGUAUCACAGAUCGGACAUAUUUUGAACACACUAUGACCUUUGCGCUCCCUGCUCCCAGGGAACAGACAUAUUUUAGUCAUGUCUACAUUGUUGUUAGUUUCGUAUCAUGAGGCGUUUUGGGAUCUUAAUUGUCACAUAGUUGUGUGCGGCCCUUGUGUAACACUGUGGCUAGAAUCAGCCACUAGGGGCAAAAUUUAGCCACUAAUUUACACGAAACUUUUUUUUUUUUACUACAGCAAAUGGGAUGAUUUUUUGUGCCGAUGCUUAUAUUGAUGGACACUUUGAGAAUAUGACUUCAAAAUUUUCACCAGGUCAAAAAUACGCGCUGGGAAAAUUUUCAUCCGUUGUUAACUCUCAGUUGCUAAAAACAGCCACUAACUUCGACUGCUGUAAAAACAUAUUGGGUUAAUAUUUUUUUCCAUUUUUUUUCAUAUAUCUAUUAAUUAACUUCUGCUUUGAUCAAAACUAGUAAAUGUUUCAUCUAAAAACAUUUUUUAACCCUUUGAGGGUCCAUUCAAAACAUAAUGUCACCGAUAUGGUAGAAAAUAAAUCUAAUAAAAAUCAUUUUUUUCCCCAAUAUUAGUGACUUUAUGUUUUAAAUGGGUCCUCAAAGGGUUAAAAUUUGGAUUCUUAAUGAAACAUUUACUAGUUUUGAAUAGAGCAGAAUUUAAUUAAGAGAUAUAUGAAAAAUCAUCUGGAAAAAAUAUGAAUCCAAUAUGUUUUUACAGCAGUCAAUGUCAGUGGCUGUUUUCAGCCACUGAGCGUUAAGAAAGGAUGUAAAUCUAAGGGUUACACAAGGGUUGAAUAUCCGCUACACUCUCUGUUAUCACGACCUUCAUACACUUACAUAGUGUUGAGUUUCUCAACACCGAUGAACGAUUUAAAACACUCGGCAAACAUUUGAAGUACUUGAUUUUGCAGAUCUGAGGGGUUUCAUAGAUUUGCACUUAACUGGAUGUGAAGUAUGUGAUAUUUUCCUGGUCCAUUUUUGUCAAACUCACUUCAGUAUCUGGAAGCAGGGGGUCUGUUUCGUACCAAGGGCCUGUCUUUUUAACAAUCACUAAGAUAUUACUACUUCCGUUUAUUUUUUUGUUUGUGAAAAAGCUCUAAUUGCUUUUUCACAGUUUUUUGUUUUAGUUUCAAUUGAAACUCCAUCGUCUUCUUCUUCUUGGCAGCUCUGUCUGUCCCAUCGCUUGUUAUUCUAUUUGCAAAACGUUUAUUGACAUUUUCUGCUAGCGUUGUGCAUAUUUAAAUGCUCAUAGUGUUUGUUUGGGAUAGCUUUCUCUCUUAUAUUUGCCUUUUCAUAUGAAUUUCAAUCAACUAACAUGCUUGUUAGGUGUACUUUGUUACAUGUACAGUUUUUAGCCUGCUUAUCCUUUUAUCUUUUAUAUUUUUGUUUUCUUUCAAAUGUCUUUUAUCUUCGUUGAGCUAAAUUGUGUUUUAUUUUAUUUAAUUUUCUUUUCUUUUGCGAUCCCUCCUGACCAAAUGAACGUGAUUUUGGAAACUUAGUUUUCCAACACAAAGAACGACCUCUCAAAGUUGGUCUCUAAUUCUGUAAUUUAAACAAAAAAAAAAAGUUUAUAUCCCAAUCCUCUGGAGUCAACAUAACUUAUUGUUUUUAUUGUCUUAGUAAAGUGCUUUACUGUAGAGUGUACAGUACUUGUUUAAAAACUGUAUCUUUAUUUGUAUAAUUCUGUAAAUUAUACAAAUGUUCUUUCUAUCAAAUGAGCUGAAGUAGGAUUUGGUAAAGAGACGGUCUUAGUCGUCAUUCUCUGAAGCAUUUCAUUGCACACUUGCUGCUACUGAACUCCUAACGAUACUAACCUUGAAGACCCUUUUUGUAGAUAUGAAGUAAUUUUUGAAUGCAAUAUCAGUGCGCUUCUGCAGAUGCUUCAAAAAUGUCCCUACGCGUCCUUGAUUUAGACCGUCAGAGGCUGAAAUGUCCCCUGAAGUCCGAUGAGGGUACAGUCGAGGUAGAUUUGGACUCGGCUAGUUUUUCAGCCGAUUGAAAUGGAUGAACUGGUGCUCAAAGAAGCAUCCGUCUGCCUGAGAGAAAGGCACCAGGGCUGAAGACUUCAUGAGCUGCUCUCUCACUCGGUCUUGGAUCACUGCAGACUUAAAUGUAAAACUUACAUUUUCACCAGAGACGCCGAGUUUAUCAUAUCGUAAAGGUUAUUUGAUUUGGCCUUUCUGUCUCCGAGCUGUCAAACCCAGCCCUCGUGCCUUUCGGUCAUCAGUAUCGUUCCCUUCUCAACAAUCUAUUUUUGUCUUUCUGUUUUGUAUACUGUACAUACGUCUGUCUGUCUGUCGUGUAAAAAACGAGCUGUAUUUCCAAUGUUUUUUUUUAAAUAAAACAGAUUCAUGCUUAUGACAGAU